AUGGAGUCUCAGUGCAAUGCUCAAAGCACAAAAAUGUUAUCCAUGCAGACUCGCAUCCAUUUUCUCGAGAUGGAUUUGACGAGUGAUAAUGCAAUUUCGGUAAAUAAUAUCCAGCCGAACGAAUUUGGUUUGCUAAAUCGUGAAUCAAAGCUGUGCUCUCAGGCACGACUGCCUUCCAAUCCAGCUCAGCAGGUAGUGAAACCGGAAAGGCAGAUCUGCUUGGCCGAUUUGCAAUCUGUCAAUCACGUGAGAAGCAUUGAUAGCGACUUAGCAAAAAAUACGAAGGCCUUAGAGGAUCAAGUAGCGUCACUGUCUGAGUCGUCUCGCUCCGCUCUAGCUGAAGUAGCUUCGCUUCGCGAUCAGUUAGAUAAUGCUGACAAAACCUACGCUAUCAAUCUCUUAAAGAAGGAUGAUGUAAUUUCGACGCUCAAGUCAAAGCUCGGCGAAAUGAUGGUGGGGUACAAGCGAUUGAAAGGACGCUACAACGAAGUGACCUCAGCAAACAGUGCUCAUAGAGCUUUGUAUGAUAAUUUAAAUGCUCAGCAUGUUGCCAAUUUGACGGAGCUGAAGACGUCAAAAAGUGAUAUAGAAUCAUCUCGCGAACGGGUGAGGGCACUCGAAGACGAAAUAUGCCACACUAAUGACCAAAUAUUGACCUUGAACGAGCGUGUUGUGGCGUACGAAGAACAAUUCCAAUAUAUAAAAAGACAAUACGAAGCAUUGCAAGAAAAAAAUGAAACUCUAGAAGUAGAUGCUGUUGCGCGAGAAAAAUCUGCACAAUUGAAAAUAUCCAACCUGGAAAUGGAAGUUAAAACGCUAAGUGAAAUUGUCAGGCAGAAAGAAUCGGAGAUUCGAAUUGCGACCGACCGUGCUCAAUACGUUGAGCUGGAAAACCUUAAAGCUAAAAGCUUUCUCGAGAAAACGGAUCGUAUACAUGAAGCCAAGUGGGCGGAGCUUGAAGCACAGCUAUCCACGGCGCAUCAGACGAUUUCGAAGCUUCGAUCGGACACAGACGUUGAUACCAAGCUGCAGCGAGAAAUUAUCUCGCAGCUGGAGGAUCAGUUGACCGAGCAUAAGUUGCAACUAGAGGUUGUAACGGAAGGAGCUAACGCUGCUCGGACUGCUCUUGAAACGUACAAGAAGCGGGCGCACAGUGCACUAAAAAAAGCUUCAAUUGAAAACAAAUUUAAUUUAGAAAAAGUCGCACAGAACGCGAUCAAAUUGGAGCAAGAACUUGUGAUGGCAAGAGGCAGAAUAAGUGGGCUAGACAUAGAAUUGCAGGAGGUGCGGCAACAUUUAGAGGCAGCAAAGAACACUGAAGAUGCACACGCACAGAGCAUACGCAUAGCGCUAAAGAACGAACAAAAUGACAUGGAAGCAGCUUUGCGGUCUGAGAUCGACAGCUUAAGAACGGAAGUGUCGCGAUUGGAACAGGCUUUGGAAAAAGAUAAAACUAGUAUUCAACAACUUGCCGAGCAAAAUAAAGCUUUAAAACACGAGGUUAUCCAGCUUAAGGAAGAAGUUCGAACAUCGACAGAGCAAGCCACAAAAUUCAAGGUCGAAAUUAGCGAACUGUCCAGGCAAUUAGAAGCAGCACUUGCUGCUGCUUCUUUGGCUACGGAUGAGGCUAGACCUCCUUUGUUUUCGCCACCUUUCUCACCGGUCGAGAAGGAUCGACGCUCGACGGCUUCAUCAUCGCGCUCAUUCGAUGAUGAUGGAAACGGUAGUGUUUUGUACCAGACCACAAUUGACGAGCAACACGAUCGUAUUGCUGCUGCCGUCGUCGACGCAUGCCCGGUUCCACAUGCCUGCAAGACGACAUUAUCUAAUGUUGUUGAGCAGCAGACGAAAUCUCAUGCAAAAGAGAAUGAUGUCAAAAGACUUCAAGCUCAGCUCGAGGAACUCGAGUCCACAUCACAUUUUUACCGAAAAAAGUACGAAGACACAUUUACCCAGCUCAAAGAAGUUACCACACAGCAGCAAAACGGCGAGCAUUCUCUUCAGGCGAUUAAUACCGAGUAUCUAAAGAAUGUGAUGAUGAAAUACAUCGAGAGUCAAGUAACGAGCGAGAAGGAGCAGCUGGUACCUGUCAUUUCCACGCUAUUAAAUUUUAGCCCGCAGGAGCAACAAAAGAUGCUGGCUGCACAUCGGCCACCUGACGAAGGUGUGGGACUGCUAAGUGGCGUGUUCUCACUUUUUGCUAGUGGCACCACCUCCAAACCGUUUGCCGCACCGUCCAGCUUUCAAUCUCCCCCAACUUUGAAGGGCAGUACUACCGAUGCUGCUAUUGGCGGCAAAAACAAUAUUGAGAACAUGUGA